AUGGCGCUUGCAGGAUCGCCAAGAGAUGCAAGGAUUAAAUCAAAGGAGCAGUUACCGACUCAAAGACCGAUGCUUCCAGAUUUGAACGAGAUGCCUCCCGUGGUUGACGAGACCAGCCCACAUCACGAACAGCAGUAUUCAGAGAGGGUUAGUGCAAAAGCUGCUGAGGCGCAACCCAAUCGUAUUGCAACGACAACGUCAAAGAAGAAGAAGAAGAAAUUACGCCAGCCGAAUAGUCAGAGACCGUAUGCCUCUUUGACGAAUGAAGAGAAGAAGGCGUAUUCUCGUUAUCAAACAAUCAAGACUAGAGAAAGAUUUAAUAAAAUGACUAUGUUGAAGUCAUGGCUAAUUAUGAGCGUUUUCAUCUACAUACGGCUUGAAGUUGGAUUUUGCGUAGAUUUCGAAUCUAACACACCUGCUGCCUCCUCGCCAUCUCGCGACAACGGCCUAAAAGACAAGGACAAUUUACCUGAUCUCAACGUGCCGCUCGACGGCCUUUUUGCAGAACAAGACACAAAUACGGAACCUACCACUGGAUCUGCAUAUUCGAGGAGGAUGAGUAAGCUGAGAAAAGUGGGAAAACUUGAAGAAUACAAAGCUAGGGAAAGAGAAAGAUUGCGAAAACAGUAUCACACAUUGUCUCCGGCUCAAAAGUUAGCCAGAAGCCGUAAAAGUGGCACUCAGCUUAAUGCAAGGCUAAACAAGGAUAUGGUAUUGAGAGAAUCCCUUAAAAAGUCACGAUUGGACUCGAGCCGUCGAUUUCGAGUCCGUGAACGGGCAGAAAAAGAAGGGAAAGCACUGGGUCCAGCAUAUGCGAAAAGGAAACCUGGUAGACCUAUCACUACUACAUCGCCUUUGAAUGGCAAAGAUGAUAGUCAUGCAGGACAGUAA